AAACUUACCACACGCACUGCAGUCAAAGAGGAAGCAGUAAAGAAAUCUGUCUUCAUCCAACCUUGUAGGUGGGAUUCAGGACUUGGAAUUUACAGACUAAAAACAGAUUUUUAACAGAUUUAAUGAUUUUCAUAUAACUGUGAUGUGAGCUCAUCUAAGGCUAAAUGGAAGAGAGAGAUGAAGGUUGAGAGCAGACACCUGAGAGACACCAUGUAUCCAGGAGGAGCGGGUUAUGGCUUAUAGCAGACUCCUGCUGCUGCUGAUAGGAGUGAUUUCCACCAACCUGCCUGAAGUCAACACCAGACCUAUAGACUUUUGGUGCAAUCUGAACCCCAAGCAAAAGAUGAUGGAACGGAUUAAUGUCAUGGCUCAGGCUCAGGCUAACUGCUCUGGCUUAGAUGUGCUGCCCUCUCCUGUGCAGCUUCCAUGUACGUGGAUUAACACGGAAUGGAAAAAUAAACCUGCCCAGGAAAAGCACGUAGAUGUGUUGGAAACCCUCCAGGUGUUUCAACAUGGUGUUCGACAUGUCAAGAACGAGACCAGUCUGCAGUGCCACACAUCUAUGCUGGAGGGCCUGGAACAAAGCAUCAACCAUCUUGUGAAUAUUGUUACUCAAGCUUAUAUAAAGGGUGAUGAAGUGACGUCUUCUCGUCCUUCAGGAGAGAUCUGUGGCAGCGAGACCAACUUUACGAAGGUGGUGAACAGUUACAAACAGCUUAUCAAAGGAAAGCUGCACCACCUUAGUGUGGACCUCUGCUUAUCAAUGACACAGGACAAUAAAGGCACAUCUAGCUAACAGAAAGGACACUGUGUGGACUGGGAGGGUCUGUCAUGUUAACAAAGACCCAAGAAGAAAGAACUGGGAUCAGCCUGCUUAUAGAACAUUACUGUGCCGGAAUUAAGCUUUGGAUUUGUGGUUUGCAUUGGAUUAAAGGAUGAUCAAGACAUCACCCAAAAGCAAAAACAACAUGCUUGAACUACAGACUGAAUACAAAGGAUCUGACCUUUGGUUGUCACCAUGUUGGGUUUUUAGACCCAGAAGCAACUUGCAAGAGAUCAAUCUGACUGAAAACUAUGCUGCACGAGAAAACUGUUAGUUAGUAAUCCUCACUUUAGAAAUGUCAGGGCCAAAGUGCUUUAGGAGAAAUCCUGUGGUGGUCCCUGCUGAUGCAAUUAUGCCAACAACAUGCUGCCAAAACAGUUGCUUCACGUGUGUCGACCACUUUUGCUUUCUGUGAUAGCAUGCUAACAUUGCAAACCAACAGGUUCUGUAGUUGGUGCUAGUCCAGCCUCAGUGUUGCACAAAUUGGAAUUUUGACCUCAUGUAGAUGCUAGACCAAAAAUAAAAACAGGAAUGGUUGAAAUUAGCUGGCAUGAACACCAUGAAAAUGCUGUAUAUACAAAAUGGUCAAACUUGUGUAAAAAAAAUUCAGACUGAAUAUGGAGCCACCAGCCUCCUGCUCUGUGCUUCAAAGGAAAUUAUUUAUCUUUAUAUACUGAGAGGUUUUCAGGGUUGUCUCAAAGAAACUAAUCUGAUAGGAAUAACAUUCUCAUAUCUAUGUUUUAUACAAUAUCCCACUUAUGUUAAGUAAAUCUUAUAGCAUACUAAGAUGUGCAGAGGGAGCCACACUGUAAAAAUGAGCUCUUAAUAUAUAGGAAAAAUACACUUAACUUCAGAAGAUUCAGGCUAUAGUCAGGUGAAUACAUCUGCCAGUGUUCUAAGAUUAACUGAAAUAAGAAAAUUUUAAGGUUUUAAAAAAACUAAGAAAUAGUUUAAGACAAGUUGUGAAAUACUCAUUCCAAGUAAUUUAUUAAGCAGAACAAAUAAACCCAAAAAACUAGCAAUAGAUUUUCUUUCUUUCUUUUUAAUUUACUUAACUGACUUGGCACGAGUGUUUUACUUGAUUAUGGAUAGGACCAUAUUUGAUCUAAUAUGCAUCUAAAUGACUGACUGUAGGAUUUAGUAACUAAAUAAAAAAUAAAAGACACAUAUUU